AUGAAAGCAGAAGUUUUCGCUAUCUUACCGUUGGUUUUAUCGGUCGGAGCAUUCCUGUUUGAAGAAGGCAUUCCGGAUUCAAGAUGCCCCCUGCAAGAUAACCCCAUGAAUCCGAUGCAUUUACCACAUCCAACUGAUUGUGGAAGAUUUUAUAAAUGUUUUAGUGGGCGUGCUUUUGCAAUCAAUUGUCCACCGGGCCAGGAAUUUGGUGCACAACUACAACGUUGUGACUUUCCUCAAUUUGCUCGGUGUCGAACGGCACUUGCUGAACCAGAGCCCGCGCAGAUACAUUUAAAGGAACAGGAAACAGUAGCCGAACAAUCUGAAAUUGAAGCUCUUCCUGUGAAAGCAGAGUUUAUUUAUAGUGCAGGAGUACCGGACGUUCGCUGUCCACGAAAUGAUGACCCAUUCCGUCCUAUUCACUUAGCACACACCGAUUGCACCAAGUUCCAGAAAUGCUUCGACGGUCGAGCGUACGUUUUGGAUUGCCCUCCCGGCCAGCAUUUCGGUGUAAAAAUCAAUCGUUGCGAUUUCCCUCAAUUCGCCCAAUGCCUGCAGUCUAAACGUAAAUCUAUUUCCAAACGAGAGGUAAAAUACAGCGACGAAGAAUACGACUACAACUACGAUGAAGACGACCUGCCUUUAGAUCCAAGCGAGUGGACCGACGAACAGCGAGAAAUGGUGGUUGGUGUGAACGACUUCCGAUGCCCGAGAUUAGAUGAUCCUGAAACUCCAGUGCAUCUUACUCACCCGAAAGAUUGUGGUAAAUUCUAUAAAUGCUAUGGCGGUCGUGCGUAUUUAAUUGUUUGUCCUGCCGGACAACACUGGAGUGUUCGGUUCGAUCGCUGUGACUACCCGAAGGUUGCCAAGUUUAAAGUACACAGCCCUCAUAUUGGAAGUACCGAUGAUAGCAAAGACGAAUUUUACACGCAGUUAGAGCGCGAAUACGAUCACUGCCCAAGACAUGACAUCAAAAUCGUUAUCGGGGACUAUAAUGCUCAGGUUGGUCAGGAAGAGGUACUUAAACUGGUGACAGGACGGUUCAGCGCACACUAG